GUCUGAGUAUGCAUAUGUGUGCAAGUAUGUAUAUGUGUGUGUAUGUGUGCAUAUAUACAUGUGUGAUUAUAUAAGAGUAUGUAUGUAAGAAACUGAGUUUGAGAGAGGGAAAGAAAGAGGAAUAUAGAGUAACAGUGUUGUGGUAGGAAGUAUAUGUAGAUACAAUAAUGUAUUUGUUGAAAAGUGAACAGUGAUUAUCCAUGGCUGAGAUCUAUGAGACAGUGAUAAAAUGGGUGGGAUAAACAAAGAAUAAGGAUCAGAUGAAAAUCUCGCAGUCCCUGCCAUUUUCAGUUUUCAUAGGAUAAGAAAAUGUCCUCUCCAAAUCAUACCACAGUGACUGAAUUCAUUCUGCUGGGGAUCACCGAUGAUGCGGUGCUGGAGAAGAUCCUGUUUGGGGUGUUUCUGGUGAUCUACCUAAUCACACUGGCAGGGAAUCUGUGCAUGAUUGUGCUGAUCAGGAAAAGUUCACACCUUCACACUCCCAUGUAUUUCUUCCUGGGACACCUCUCCUUUGUAGACAUUUGCUAUUCUUCCAACAUUACUCCAAAUAUGCUGUACAAUUUCUUCUCAAACCAAAAGACUGUCUCCUAUGCUGGGUGCUUCACACAGUGUCUUCUUUUCAUUGCCCUGGUGAUCACUGAGUUUUAUAUCCUGGCUUCAAUGGCACUAGAUUGCUAUGUGGCCAUUUGUAGCCCUCUUCAUUACAGUAUCAGAAUGUCCAAGAACAUUUGCAGGUCUUUAGUCACAGUCCUUUAUACUUAUGGCUUCCUUAAUGGCCUCUCUCAGACACUGUUGAGUUUUCACUUAUCCUUCUGUGGUUCCCUUGAAAUCAAUCAUUUCUAUUGCGCUGAUCCCCCUCUUCUAAUGUUGGCCUGCUCUGACACCUCUGUCAAAAAGUUGGCAAUGUUUGUAGUUGCCAGCUUUACACUCUCAAGUUCUCUAUUUAUCAUGCUUCUGUCCUACUUUUUCAUUUUUGCAACCAUCUUGAAGAUGCAUUCUGCUGAAGGCAAGUGCAAAGCCUUCUCUACUUGUGGUUCCCAUUUGACUACAGUUACCAUAUUUUAUGAAACUCUCUUCUGCAUGUACUUAAGGCCCCCAACUGAUAAGUCCAUAGAGGAGUCCAAAAUAAUUGCAGUCUUUUAUGCUUUUUUGAGCCCAAUGCUGAACCCAUUUAUCUACAGUCUAAGGAACAAGGAUGUGAUCCAUGCUAUGCAACAAAUGAUCAAGGGAAAUUUAUUUAAUUAAAUUGCAGUUUAGGUGUCUGCUCAUUUGUAAUCAGUAAAUGCUGUGGUAACAUAAUUAGACUCUUUGAAGGACAAACCCAUUACUCUGACAUCAUUUGUUUAUUGUCAUGAUCUCGGAAUGCUUUCUUUUGAUAAUUGCUUCUCAAAAUUAAUACCUUCAAGAGAUACUGGGUUGAUAAAACACUUUAGUAUUCAAACAUAAAAUAUUUUCUUCAGCAGUAAUCCUAGAAAAUGAAUUGUUUUUAUUCAAUACUUCUGCAUGUUAAUGAUAAUAUCUUUACUACUUGGGAUUAAAUUUUAUAACAAGUUUACUCUAAUUGGAAUGCUGUACAUCUGUCUAUACUGAAUUAUAUGAUCUACAAACCCAUAGUGAGACCCAAGGUAAGCAGACUUGUUUUACCCUUUCUUUAAAUGAUGAAAGUAUCUCUACUCCAAUGUGUUAUAUAGAACAGUGACUCUGAAGCCUCACUAAUCACUAGAAUCACCUUUAGGAAAUUUUUAAAUAUAUGGGUAUUCAAUAGGUGUAAACUUUCUCUCAUUUUUCCUUA